AUGGCCGAAACCUCGGCCGAUGCGCCCCCUCCUCCACCGCCGCCUCCUCCCAAAAGUAACAAGGAGAAGAAAAGGGAAUGGCACGCUGCCACCAAGAAGGGGAAGCGACAGCGCAAGAAGGCCCGCCGUACCCGCAUUGAUGCCAUUUUCAAUGCCUUGUUGGACCAUUACAAUGCAAUAGGCAGUGCGAACCCACCUGCUACUGGCGGUGACACCAUUCGUGUUCUAAGAGAAAUAGCUGAGGUACUGGAGGAGGAGCGAAACCCACACACCCACGCACGUGAAGGAAUAGGCGGUACAUGGAGAAGGUGA